GCAGCGAUUGACACACUUUUAUUAUUGAAACCAAAAGAAAAAAAGGCAGCCCUUCGGGGAGUUACUAUUAUUUCUCGUCACCAUUUUUUAAAUUAUGGUGAAAAGGAUUGCAUAAUUUAA